GAAAAUCAGGGCAGGGCUCACCUUCCAGCGAGGUUUCCUUUGCUCUCUCCUUUUUUUUGGAUGCGUUUUAGAUGCCUGUAGAGACUUCGUUGGUUCGCCUCAGACCUAUGUGACUCUGGGGGAAGGAUCAUGACCGAAGUCCUUCUCUCUGCUGCUCUGAAUGGAACUGAACCCAACCUGUUAUCCAGCAGCGGCUGGUCUGUGGGAAACGUCACCACCAAGUGUUCUCUGACCAAAACUGGCUUCCAGUUCUAUUACCUGCCCACCGUCUACAUUCUGGUCUUCAUCACUGGGUUUUUGGGCAACAGUGUGGCCAUCUGGAUGUUUGUCUUCCACAUGAGGCCUUGGAGCGGCAUCUCGGUUUACAUGUUCAACUUGGCAUUGGCCGAUUUCUUGUAUGUCUUGACUCUGCCCGCCCUCAUCUUUUACUACUUCAACAAAACAGACUGGAUCUUCGGAGAUAUCAUGUGCAAGCUGCAGAGGUUCAUCUUCCACGUGAACCUGUACGGCAGUAUUCUGUUCCUGACCUGCAUAAGCGUGCACAGGUACACGGGAGUGGUGCACCCCCUGAAGUCCCUGGGGAGGCUGAAGAAGAAGAACGCCAUGUACAUCAGCAGCCUGGUCUGGGUCCUUGUGGUGGCCGCCAUUUCUCCAAUACUCUUCUACUCGGGAACGGGGAUAAGGAAAAAUAAAACCAUAACGUGCUAUGACACAACAACCGACGAUUACCUGCGAAGUUACUUCAUUUACAGCAUGUGCACCACAGUGCUGAUGUUCUGCAUCCCCUUCAUAGUGAUUCUUGGUUGCUAUGGGCUCAUCGUGAAAGCUUUGAUUUACAAAGAUUUGGACAAUUCUCCUCUCAGGAGAAAGUCUAUUUACCUGGUUAUUAUCGUGUUGACGGUCUUUGCCGUGUCCUACCUUCCCUUCCACGUGAUGAAGACCUUAAAUCUAAGGGCCAGGGUGGAUUUUCAGACUCCAGACAUGUGUGCCUUCAACGAUAAGGUUUAUGCCACUUACCAAGUGACGAGGGGCCUGGCCAGCCUCAACAGCUGCGUCGACCCCAUCCUUUACUUCCUGGCAGGUGACACCUUCCGAAGGCGGCUUUCCAGGGCCACCAGGAAAUCGUCCAGAAGGAGCGAACACAACGUGCAGUCCAAAAGCGAGGAAAUGACUCUCAAUAUUUUAGCAGAGUAUAAACAGAAUGGAGAUACCAGUUUGUGAACAAAUGUGGAAGAUUUGGGAGCAGUUUGAAAAAAUCCUCCGCUUUGAGGCAAUAGGAGACUGUAGGGCUACAAGUGUGUGAGGAAAAUCUACCUGUCUCAAAUUCCUUUUAGGUAAAGCCUCAUUUUCUGAUCUUAGAAAAAGCUUAACAAAGUCAGUGGAAGGAUUCUAAUGGAAAAUAACGUGUCAAAAUUCAGCUUUCCUUCAAUAGUCUCAUUUCUAUCUGACUUGUGUCAGAUAAAGUAAAAUGAAGUAAAUCCCCUAAAGGAGGAAAGCAAUCCAAGUGCUUCUAGUUUAAUGACUUAGUCUCCCACGUUCAAAAAUGUUCUCAGUCAGCCUGUCUUUAAAAAUAGGAAAUAAAAAUAAGAGCAGUAUCUUGUCUUCUGAGGCUCAGUCACAGCCUUUCGCUGUUGUACACAAGGAUUUAAAUGAGAGUCACGAUACAGUUAUCAUUUACAGUUUUAUUAUUUCUAGUGCUGAUAAUUAUUUGGUAGUUUGGUGGCAUUUAUGGUUCAGUCCUCUUUCAGUGCCGGUGUUUUACUAAAGGUAGGCUUACUGGUGUGUGCAUGGUUGUGCUUUUGGAUCGCGAUGGUUGUUCACGACAAGUCUGGACCCCCUCAGAGGCCGAGGGCUGGCGGGUGAGGUGGUCCCUGGGGCGCUGGCAGACGGGCCCCCCCAGGGCUGUGUGUUGGUGAGCAGAGGUGUGUGGAGG